UCUGCAGUGUUUAAUCAACUUUUACUAUUAUCGUUAUUUUAUGACUUUUUAGUGUUACCUCUUUCUUGUACACUUUACAAUGAAUUCCAUCAGGGAACCUGCAACUUUAAACAAUGAUGGAUAAGAAAUCGAUAAUUAUUCUCAUAUUUCUUGCCUUAUUUCAGUCAGAAAAUUUGCUUAUUUAUAUAUUAUUAUUAUUCCGGGCAUGUGUAUCUUCCCUCACAUUCAAUAAUUUCCCGCGAAGAGGGAAAGAAAAAUCAGAAAUUACCAAAUGUACGUCUUUUUUGUUGGGUUUCAUUCGGUAUGCUCAGCCAAUUGAGAUUUCUGAGUGCAUCUGUUUCAUCUAGUUGCUUUACAGUUGAGUUUGAAAGUUUCAUCGA